AUGAGGAGAGACUGGCUGACAAUAAAGGAAUAUGUGGAUGCUCAGAAGGAGCUUGGCAGCUGUUUGCCGGAAUUUCGCGAUUCGGUGUCCCGUUCGUUCAAAUUAGGUGCAUCAGUAGGUGUACCAUGCGGUCUUUAUGUCGCGUAUAAGCAUCAUGGGUUCAAUGUGCGAGCAUUUGUUGGCAAAUCAGUUGCUAUGUGGAUGGCGACGACAAUGUGUUUUAGUUGUCUUGGAAUUAUAACUGCAACGUACAAUUGUUUGCGGGUGAAGAUGUAG